AUGAAAAAUGUGAUUUUAUUCUAUCCAGGAACAGACGGUAUAUACCGAGGCGUUCCCAUGAAGCGCCAGGCCGUUUAUACAGUCUGCGUGAUUCUUGAACUUUUCGUGUUCCUCGCGGGAUCCACGAACGUCGAGUACGAAUCAGGUAUGUCAGGAGUCAGAAUGAAUUAGUUCAAAAUCAUGGUUAAAGUAACGAAAAGUUUAGAAGAUAUUCAACUUUUUCUCAAUACGAAAUACAGAAUGUUUGGCCAAGCAGUGAGUAAACAUAUGAUUGCUUCGGAGUGUGUAAUGUUUUGACGGCAUCUGACCCCCCGUUCGAAAGGUUAUUUGGUGAGAAUUUCACUCGAGAUUGCGUUUAAAAGGGGGGGGGGUAAAUACUCGCCGAGAUAUUUACAUUAGAAACAUUGAAUGUAUAUUGCAAUGCGAUACCGGUUGUCAUUGAAGAGUUAAAUAUGUAAACAUGUCGAGGUUGUUAUACAGCCAUAUUUUCAAAUAUACUGUACUUUAACAAGCAAAUUUACUGUAUACUGUGCUACAGCAAGUGUCCAGUCACGCAUAAGUGAUAAAAAGCCGAUAUAAACUUUAUGUAAAACGUAACGAACAUGCAGAUUCGGGCAUCUCAAAUAAUGGUAAUGUUGGGAUAGUAGCGUUGUAGACUGCAGAGGAGAGUGGGCAGUAAGGCUCCCUCAUGCACCACCCCAUGGAAAACCUGCACCCCUCCUUGCAGAUGAGGCUAGAUCCGCCCAUGUAUACACAUUAACUUUUGUCUAAAACUGUCGCAUGCAACGUGCCGACAACUUGAGUUAUACUGUGUUAAUAAAGCACAAAAUUCGCCUAUGACAACGUAGGUAAUGUAAAUGGCUCAAUGUUAGUAUAUAUAUAGGAAGCAAUCUAAAAAGGAAAUGCUGCUGUGUUCUGCGGAGAUUCACUCUUCAAAGAACGAGAACAAACGCAAUCGUGCGGAUCUCACCAGUUAAGACAAAGCAUUCGCAAACCUUGAGUGAGAUAUCAUCAAUUCUUUCAGGUUCAAAGAUAGAAUUUGUAGCAAAGAGAAGUUCAGGUAUGGAAAAUAGUGUAUAUAAAUAUAUACGCCCGUAUUCUAAAAGCUCACUCACACUCAAUGAGUGGAGGUUCAAUCUGAGCUUCUCUUGAGUGUCAAUGCUGUUUUUGAAUAGCUGGAGGGUGAGUAGUCACAUAGUAAGGUAUGACACUAACCCUCCAGCUAUUCAAAAACAGCAAUGACACUCGAGAGAAGCUCAGAUUGAACUUCCACUCAUUGAGUGAGAGUGAGCUUUUAAAAUACGGGCAAUAGCCUCCUACGAAGGCAUCGUCUUCAGAUUGACGGGAAGAAUUUGGUAGCAGGAUCAGUGUAAUGUUACACUAUUUUGGUGUCGGUACAACACUGCGAGAUUUACAGUGAAGAAAGUUUUUUUUAUGUAAAAUUGAAACAGUGAUAAUCAUUCAUCUCUCUGUCAAAUACCCUUUCAAUGCAAUGUUUUGAAAGAAACUUUGUAGUAAUUGUAAUGAAGGGCAAAAUUGGAUGAGUUGUACAGUCAUUGUUCAUUAAUACACCGAUACAUAUGUACACUACAUGCAUACGUCACGUCGUUGACUUUGUCCCGUUCUACAAGUAAGCCCUAACUUUCCAUGGGGAUCGUGAGCUAGACGUUGCACCUCCCCUCAAUUUUUUUCACCUCCCCCACUAUUUCCACCAAAAUCCGGCCUAGGGUAUAGAUUUUAGUACAACAUUGUUGGAUCGGACAGUUUACAAACAAUUUGAAGAUGAUUAAUAAUUAACUUCAGUUUGAUUUAACAUGAUUCUAUUUGAUUUGCAUGGUAACUGAUUGAAUUAGUGAUUAAGUGUUGACAAAUGUGCAUGACGUAAUAGUAUCCAGAAAGUAUCGAAGGAAAGUAUCGUAUUGAGAUAUUGAGACAGUGUGCGAGAGCGUAUAGGCAGCUGAAUUACAUCGAGAGUUUAUCAAUCAGUGGAGACCCACUCUUCACGUAUUGUAAAUUGUUUAGUUGUAAUCAAGGAAUUCAAUAUCCGUCUAAUCAUUUUGACUGUAAUGAGGGUCUGAAUGGGAUUAACUGACUACUGACAUUUGCCUGAAUUUUUGACUGACAACUGAGAAAAUAUCCUAACUGACAACUGAGAAAUGCCGUAACUGACUACUGACAGCUUGCAAUAUAUCGCACUGACAACUGACUUAAAUUUUAACUGACAUCCAGAGACCUCAAUUAAGACCCUCUGUAAUCUAACCAGAACCCAAUCAUUUUAGAAUGUAUUAAUAUAUCACGAAAAAUCUCUACUGUAUUGUGUGUGGUUUAGCUCAAUUGGAAACAGUUGUAUAUACAUAUAUAUUAUAAACUUCUACUAUUAUUCCGCAGAGCCGAGUACAUGGGCGUGUCAUGCUGGAUGUAAAAAAUUCUGUCUUCCUUCGUGCAAGAGAAGCUGUUGUGCUGCGGGAGCUCAACCUUACCAUGAAGGAAUGUUUAAAGAUCUUCUAAACUACCAAGACACCCUCCCUCCCCCACCUCCACCGCCUGCUAUACCCGCAGGGAUGCCUGGCCCAAGUGCCGCUGGCCAGUGUGCUCAAGGAUGCCCGCAGUCAUGCGCACCCUCAUGCCAACCACGUGAGUAAUUUUUUUUCGCUUUUUAAUUUGUAUUUCCGAAGGCAUUUAAGAAAUAUUUUCUUAUGAAUUUCGUAAUUACGUAAUUUUCUUGUAAAGAAAAUUUUCCUCAGUAUUCUUCCAAGCCAAAUUUUCUUAUUUUAAGAAUAUAUUUCUCAAUUAAGAAAAUUUUCUGAGUAUUCUCUCAAGCCAAAUUUUCUUAUUCUAAAGAAAAUAUAUGUGAUAUAAUAUAAUAUAAUAUAAUAUAAUAUAAUAUAAUAUAAUAUAAUAUAAUAUAAUAUAUGUAAUAUAAAAUAAGUUAAGAAAAGCUUUCUUGUCUCCAGAAUCAAAUAUUUCUUAUUUUACGAAUUUUGUUCUUAAAUUAAGAAUUUUUUCUCUUUUUGCUGUGUUUAAAUUACCGUUAGUACGAAGCUUACUUUUCAUUUGAAGAAACGCCACAUUCCCCCAUUCUUCAUUUCUUCAAAAUAUAAACUGUAACUUUACAAGCGAUAGUAAAUAUCUAAAGAAUUAACAAAACCAAAUUUAUUACAAAUUACAGACCUAUAACAAUUGACUAAGGGUUGUUAAUAUGAGUAGUACAUAAUAGAUCUCGCUAUUGGCUAUACAUGAAAAAAUCUUACAGCAUUUCAAUGUGUUCGCACUGCUUGUUCCCAGUUGUUGACAAGUCUGGAACAAGUUGUUAUCAUCUUGUAACAAGGUUGACGAGGCCAACAGACUCGCAACAAGUUGUUGCAACAAGUCUGAUAUCGUCUGCACGUAACAAGUUGAUGACAACAAGCUCGUAGCAACUUGUUACGAACAGCCUGUAUAUUAGUCUUGUUGGAACAACUUGUAGCAAGUCUGUUACCGUCAUCAACCUUGUAACAAGGUGAUAACAACUUGUUCCAGACUUGUCACAACAACUGGGAACAAGCAGUGCGAACACAUCCUGAUAUCGGCUUCACAACAAUCUUGUUACAACUUGUUUGCAGAUCUGUUACAACUUGCGCGUUUUUACGUAUGUACACGCUGAAAAAAUAAAUUCUAAAAAAACGCCAGUCGAAUUUGGUAUGUUAGAUUCAUCUCUAUUUGAAGAAGCCUCGUUCUGGAAUGCUCAGUUACCUUUCAUUCUAUACUUUCGUAAGCUACACACAUAAAAACGCAGAAGUUAUUACAGGUCUGCAAACAAGUUGUCACAAAUCUGUUCACAAGCUGUCGACAAGUUGUGUUCGCACUGCUUGUUCCCAGUUGUUGUAACAAGUUUGGUGCAAGCUGUUAACAACUUGUAACAAGCUUGAUGGCAUUAUCAGACUUGUUACAAGGUUGUUCUAACACGUCUGAUACAGUCAUGAUAUAACAAGAAUGUUACAAGGUUGUUCUAACAAGUCUGAUACAGUCAUGAUAUAACAAGAAUGUUACAAGGUUGUUCUAACAAGUCUGAUACAGUCAUGAUAUAACAAGAAUGUUACAAGGUUGCUCCAACAAGUCUGAUACAGUCAUGAUAUAACAAAAAUGUUACAAGGUUGCUCUAACAAGUCUGAUAAAGUCAUGAUAUAACAAGAAUGUUACAAGGUUGUUCUAACAAGUCUGAUACAGUCAUGAUAUAACAAGAACGUUACAAGGUUGUUCUAAUACGUCUGAUACAGUCAUGAUAUAACAAGAAUGUUACAAGGUUGUUCUAACAAGUCUGAUACAGUCAUGAUAUAACAAGAACGUUACAAGGUUGUUCUAACAAGUCUGAUACAGUCAUGAUAUAACAAGAAUGUUACAAGGUUGCUCUAACAAGUCUGAUACAGUCAUGAUAUAACAAGAAUGUUACAAGGUUGCUCUAACAAGUCUGAUACAGUCAUGAUAUAACAAGAAUGUUACAAGGUUGCUCUAACAAGUCUGAUAAAGUCAUGAUAUAACAAGAAUGUUACAAGGUUGUUCUAACAAGUCUGAUACAAUCAUGAUAUAACAAGAAUGUUACAAGGUUGUUCUAACAAGUCUGAUACAGUCAUGCUAUAACAAGAAUGUUACAAGGUUGUUCUAACAAGUCUGAUACAGUCAUGAUAUAACAAGAAUGUUACAAGGUUGUUCUAACAAGAUUGAUACAGUCAUGAUAUAACAAGAAUGUUACAAAGUUGCUGUAAUAAGUCUGAUACAGUCAUGAUAUAACAGGAAUGUUAUAAGGUUGUUUUAGCAAGUCUGAUACAGACAUGAUAUAACAAGAAUGUUUCAAGGUCAACGGUUAUAUCAUGACUGUAUCGGACUUGUAAGAACAACCUUGCAACAAGUCUGAUAAUAUCAACAAGGUCGUUACAAGUUGUUAACAGCUUGUUCCAAACUUGUUGACACCUUGGGACAAGCAGUGCGAACACAACUUGUUGAAGGCUCGUUGGCAGACUUGCUACAAGAGUGUGAGAUUUUUAAGCGUGUGUAGAACAAUAUCAACAUGUUGUGAAUAAGACAACGAUGUUAUACAAUUCAUUUCUUUCUAGAAUGUUGUGCUGGACGCCAAAUGGGUGCACCUGGGAUGCAACCUAAUCCAUACCAACAACAACAACAGCAACAACAACCCUACGGCUACCCUCAACAAGGCUACCCACAACAACAAACAGGCCGGAAUUACCAAACCGGGUUGGCCAGUCCGAGUUCUACGCGAUACGGCCAAAGCUACGCGCAAGGGUUAGCCGGAAAUGCUGCGUACCACGACGAGAACGAUUUGUACAAUGUGCAUAUCCCGUCAGCUUUUGAGCGUCUCAAAGCUAUGAGAAAACCAAGCCCACGCUACAAACCUGUUGCCAAAGCGAAACCCAAAUCAAAGGCAAGUUGUUUAUUGUUCUUAUUUAAUCUCGAUUGCAUACUGUUUAUCCCAUAA